UUUCCCUUCUUCCGCCUGCUUUAUUUACUUUCCACCCACCCACCCCUGUCAUCUCCUCCCUGCCACCUUCCACCGGGGCUAUGGCCGCAGAAGAGGUAUUGCAGACUGUGGACCAUUAUAAGACUGAGAUUGAGAGGCUGACCAAGGAACUCACAGAGACAACUCACGAGAAGAUCCAGGCUGCCGAGUACGGGCUGGUGGUGCUCGAAGAGAAGCUGACCCUCAAACAACAGUAUGACGAGCUGGAAGCUGAGUACGACAGCCUUAAACAGGAGCUGGAACAGCUGAAAGAGGCAUUCGGGCAGUCUUUCUCCAUCCACCGUAAAGUUGCUGAGGAUGGGGAGACUCGGGAGGAAACGCUUCUGCAGGAAUCAGCGUCUAAGGAAGCUUACUACCUGGGGAAGAUCUUGGAGAUGCAGAAUGAACUGAAACAGAGCCGGGCUGUGGUCACUAACAUACAAGCAGAAAAUGAGCGACUUACAGCCAUUGUGCAAGAUUUGAAGGAGAGCAAUGAGAUGGUGGAACUACAGAGAAUACGAAUGAAGGAUGAAAUUCGAGAAUACAAAUUCCGGGAGGCCCGACUCCUUCAGGACUAUACUGAACUGGAAGAGGAAAAUAUCACAUUGCAGAAACUGGUGUCCACCUUAAAGCAGAACCAGGUUGAAUAUGAAGGCUUAAAGCAUGAAAUUAAGAGAUUCGAGGAGGAAACGGUACUGUUGAACAGCCAGCUGGAAGAUGCUAUCCGGUUAAAGGAGAUCUCUGAGCACCAGCUGGAAGAAGCCCUUGAGACCCUAAAAAAUGAAAGGGAGCAAAAGAACAAUCUGCGGAAGGAGCUCUCCCAGUACAUCCCCCUUAAUGACAACCAUCUCAGUAUCUCAGUCGACGGACUCAAGUUUGCUGAAGAUGGGAGUGAACCCAACAAUGAUGACAAAAUGAAUGGACACAUCCAUGGAUCGCUUGUGAAACUGAAUGGAGAUUAUCGGACUCCUACCUUAAGGAAAGGAGAGUCUCUGCACCCGGUCUCUGACUUAUUCAGUGAGCUGAACAUUUCAGAAAUACAGAAACUGAAGCAGCAACUUAUGCAGGUAGAGCGGGAAAAGGCCAUUCUUCUGGCCAAUCUCCAGGAGUCACAGACUCAGCUGGAACACACCAAGGGGGCGCUGACCGAGCAGCAUGAACGGGUGCAUCGGCUCACAGAGCAUGUCAAUGCCAUGAGGGGCCUGCAGAGCAGCAAAGAGCUCAAGGAGCUAGACGGGGAGAAGGGCAGGGAUUCAGGAGAGGAGGCCCAUGACUACGAGGUGGACAUCAAUGGCUUAGAGAUUCUUGAGUGCAAGUACAGAGUGGCAGUAACUGAGGUGAUUGAUUUGAAAGCGGAAAUUAAGGCCUUAAAGGAAAAAUAUAAUAAAUCUGUAGAAAACUAUACUGAUGAAAAGGCCAAGUAUGAGAGUAAGAUCCAAAUGUAUGAUGAGCAGGUGACAAGUCUUGAGAAGACCACCAAGGAGAGUGGUGAGAAGAUGGUCCACAUGGAGAAGGAGUUACAGAAGAUGACAAGUAUAGCCAACGAAAACCAUAAUACCCUUAAUACAGCCCAGGAUGAGUUAGUGACAUUUAGUGAGGAGCUAGCUCAGCUUUACCACCACGUUUGUCUGUGUAAUAAUGAAACUCCCAACAGGGUUAUGCUGGACUACUACAGACAAAGCAGAGUCACCCGCAGUGGCAGCCUGAAAGGUCCCGAGGAUCCCAGGGGACUUUUGUCUCCACGGUUAGCCAGGCGGGGUGUAUCAUCCCCAGUAGAAACAAGGACCUCAUCUGAGCCAGUUUCAAAAGAAAACACAGAGUCCAGCAAAGAACCAAGCCCAACCAAGACUCCCACAAUCUCUCCUGUUAUUACUGCCCCACCGUCGUCUCCAGUACUGGACACGAGUGACAUCCGCAAAGAGCCAAUGAAUAUCUACAACCUUAAUGCCAUUAUCCGGGACCAAAUCAAACAUCUGCAGAAAGCUGUGGACCGGUCCUUGCAGCUGUCUCGUCAAAGAGCAGCAGCACGGGAGCUGGCCCCCAUGAUCGAUAAAGACAAAGAAGCCUUAAUGGAAGAGAUUCUCAAGCUGAAAUCACUGCUGAGCACCAAACGAGAGCAGAUCGCCACGUUGAGGGCGGUGUUGAAAGCCAACAAGCAGACAGCUGAGGUGGCACUAGCUAAUCUCAAGAACAAAUAUGAAAAUGAAAAAGCAAUGGUGACUGAAACGAUGACGAAACUUAGAAAUGAAUUGAAGGCUUUGAAAGAAGAUGCAGCAACUUUCUCAUCCCUGAGAGCAAUGUUUGCAACAAGAUGUGAUGAAUAUGUCACACAGUUGGAUGAGAUGCAGAGACAAUUGGCAGCCGCAGAGGACGAAAAGAAGACUCUAAACACUUUGUUACAAAUGGCUAUCCAGCAAAAACUCGCCCUGACCCAGCGGCUAGAGGACUUAGAGUUUGACCAUGAGCAGUCCCGACGCAGCAAAGGCAAACUUGGGAAGAGCAAGAUCGGCAGCCCUAAAGUAAGUGGGGAGGCAUCAACCACCGUGCCCACCAUAGACACUUACCUCCUGCAUAGGCAGGGCUCACAGAUCCCCAACAUUCGGGUCUGCAGUGGCACUCAGAGGAAAAGACAAUUUUCACCUUCCCUUUGUGAUCAGAGCCGUCCCAGGACCUCAGGGGCUUCCUAUCUACAGAGUUUAUUAAGAGUUCCCCCUGACCCCACCUCCACAGAAUCAUUUCUUCUGAAGGGCCCCCCUUCCAUGAGUGAAUUCAUCCAAGGGCAGCGGUUCAGCAAGGAAAAAAGGUUAACCGUGGCACCACCAGAUUGUCAGCAGCCUGCUGCCUCCGUACCGCCACAGUGCUCACAACUAGCUGGGAGGCAAGACUGCCCAACGGUCAGUCCUGAUGUAGCUCUCCCUGAUGAGCAACCACAUUCCAGCUCCCAGUGUGCACCUCUUCACUGUCUCUCCAAGCCUCCCUACCCCUAUUCUUCAUCUCCCGUGGACGAGCAUCUGGGGUGAAAGUUGUGUAAACACACACAGAAUACUGCCCAAGACCCAGUGGGUGUUUUCUUCCUAGUUGCUAGAUAUACGAUCGGAUGAAUGUCCAUCAUUGUGGAAGAUGAGAGAAAGUUGAGAAGAAUAACACAACAUCUUACGGUUUCUCUAAAUUAUAAACUUCUGCAACCAAAUGGCUAUGUUCCAAUUAAAUAAAAACAAACACGAAACUCGCGUAUCUCAGAUGGCUGGCAUUACCUCGAUAGCAUUUGAGAGACACCUAAGACCAUGUAAAAUACAUACGUUGUAAAAUCGUUCUUUACUCACAAUCCAAAUCCAGCUAUAGAAGUUGAUUUCAAUAUUUUUUGUCAUUGAUAUUUAUUUUAUACUUUAUUUGCUACAUGAUUUGUGUCCAUAAAAAAAUCACUUCUAUGAGAGGUGAAGUUAGUUCAUCUAUUUUCCAAAUAAGCAUAAUUUGCUCAAUUAAGUAUGAAUUUUAAUUUGGUUCAAAAUAUGGAAUUGGCCAGACUGUGGUCACUUUUCUUGCA